AUGAAUCUUAGAAGAAAUGCUUUUGAAAUAACAGUUUUCCCUUUCGUUCGUUUCAAGCUUAAGCCCAUCUUCCCCAUCAGCUGCUUAUCCCAUUGUCAUCGAGAACUUGACAUGUUUAACAACGAUGCGCUCAAGUACGUUCUCCCCAUCAUUCCGGUGCGCCAAACGGAGAAGCCUGGUGUCAACUCGCAGGUAGAAGUGGAUCUAUCAUCCUCCGACAAAAAGGCCGUCGGCAAAGAGCGUGAUGCUUGCAUCAAGCUCUUUGAUGAUUUUUACAAGCACCUGGUCCGGAAAGAGAACUCUGUAGAUGAUAAACUGAGCACAAGUGCGGGAUGCGAGAAGUAUGUGAAAGACCUUGUUGAUAGUAUUGAUGAGUACACAUCAUCCCUUGCCAAUAUUGUUUCCAAAACGCCAAAGUUUGCGAGCCUUCAGUACUUUUACUGGAGCUCGCCGCUUACGGACAAGCAAGAGAUGGCGUUCGACGACUACCGAUAUGAGCUUCUUGGGGUGUACUACAACGUUGGUGCCAUUCUCAUGAACAUUGCUCAGUACCUGCUUUGCGUGAGAGUAACAGUAGGAACACUCUCUUUCCUCGAAAAGGACGCCUACCGCGCCCUCAUCAAGGCGUCUGCCUAUUUUCACUUUUGCGCUAAUAUUGCCGAUAAUAUGAAGGAGCACGAGAUUGGUGUCGCACAGGUAUCAAUUCCUCUCGAUGUAGAGAAGGAAAUGGCUAUUUUUCUGGAAAGCUUGGCACUUGCUCAAGCACAGGAAAUCGGUGUGUCGAAGGCGUUCAGUGCUGAUCCCAAAGAGAACACGGAAACCACUGCUCGUCUCAGCCACCAACUUUUUCUCAUGUACGAGGCAGUGUGCACAAAUGCCCGCACCAUAAAUACGCGCAGCAAAGCAUUCGUGGAUAUUUCAACACUGUCUAUCUUGAAGCGCGAUAUCUUCCACGCGCUUGCGUACCAGCAUGCAGCCUCUCAUCUCUUCAACAAGAACCCAGGAUCUGGACUCAGCCUUCUGAACCAGGGACUAGAGCGCGCGACGAUUGUGGAAGACUAUUUGACAAAGUCUCAAAAAGGUAAGCUGAAACUUCCUUUCGACGCUGAGCGCUUUGUCGGACUGUGCACCAAAAACAUUAGGAACAACACAGAGCGCCUCAACAAAAUAAACUCACUGGUUCACCGAGCCAAGCCCGAUUCGACGAAAGCACCAUUACCGCCCCCACAGCCACUCGCGAUUCGUCCAGAUAUCUCACUCUCCUUCCGGCUAGAAGGAUAG